AGUAGUCAGGCUGAAAGUCAAGUCAAACUUACAUUUGUAUUAUAUUUUAGUGUCUUUACUAAACUCAUAAGCAUAACAUUCAGAUUUCAUUAUGGACAUCUUCGGAACACCCACCGAAAUCAAGAUUAGUGUUAUGAAGGCGAUCGCUGAACUACAGAACCCAGCUUCUGAUAUUUUUGUGUACGAUAAGAAGAUCUGCGAUCAUGUGGAGUACGACGAAACUGAUAAAAAGUUACUUGUUAAGCAGACUCUAUUUGAUUUAACUUUUUUGGGAGUAUUAGCGCGAACUGGAUCGUCGUUUGCCUUGCGUCAAAAUUUAAUCGUACAAGUUCCAUCGGAGAAUCUUAAACGUGCCUUUGAACUGAAACAAAAGAAAAAAGUUUUGGGAAAUGUGAACUCAAAGGUUAAAUACACAAAUCACAAAAAGAAACAAAAUUUUGAAGAUAAAGAGAAAAUAGAAACAGAAAUAGAUUCGCUAUUUGCCUUCUAUUUUGAAGAAUUUAAGAACAUCAAAACUAUAAAUAAUCCAGAGAGCUCUAAAGCAAGAACUCCUUCGAGACUUGGGUCGACAGGACUGGACGAUGAUAACAUUAUUUUACAUGUCAGUGCACCUAUCAAUGAUCAGACCUCUAAACCAAUGGAGAAUGUGGUAGAAAAUGUGCAAUCAAAGCGUAAAAUUACAAUGGCUAAAGAGAUAGGUAAUUUUAAAGCCAUGAAAAAAAGUUAUUCCUGUCCAGAACUCAAUUUUUUGUUUGCUUUGAAAAAUAUAGGAGAUAAUCCAAAUGUGUAUGUAUCAAAACGUGGAUCGAUACUCGCUCCAUCGGGACCGAUUGCAAUACCAUCGAUCGACCGUCGAAACCAAAAUAAGAAUCUUAAACGUCGCCUUGAACUGAAUCAAUAUUAUGCAGCUAAAAAGAAAAGAUAUGCCGAAAUUCCUGAAAACCCUGAAAUAAAUACAGGACCGGAGGAUACAACCAAAAUGUUGCCACCUAAUGCUCUUCUUGAGGAGCAAGUUUUGGGAAAUGUGAAAUCAAAGGUCAAAUACACAAAUCACAAAAAGAAACGAAAUUUUGAAGAUAAAAAGAAAACAUAUUCCCCCGAAAAAAUAGAUUCGCUUUUUGCCUACUAUUUUGAAAAAUAUAAGAACAUCAAAACUAUAAAUAAUCCAGAGAACUCUGAAGAAAGAACUCUUGAGUCGACAGGACUGGACGAUGAUAACAUUAUUUUACAUGUCAGUGCACCUAUCAAUGAUCAGACCUCUAAACCAAUGGAGAAUGUGGUAAAAAAUGUGCAAUCAAAGCGUAAAAUUAGAAUGGCUAAAGAGAUAGGUAAUUUUAAAGCCAUGAAAAAAAGUUAUUCCUGUCCAGAACUCAAUUUUUUGUAUAUAUAGGAGGUAAUCCAAACGUGUAUGUAUCAAAAGGUGGAUCGAUAUUAGGAUCACUUGGACUGAAAAAAGCAAACAAUAUUAUGUCAAUAAAUGCCCUUAAGGAUCAAGAGUACUCCAGUCGUUGGAAAUUUACAGAUCCAUUAGUUAUUUAAUAAAUUUUCUUUAUUGUUUACAGUUUUUAUUUGGUUCAAUGCUUGUUAAUAAAUUUUAAUUUAAGUGAA